GCCCCGUCGCGGUACCGGCGAUUUUGCCCACUGUGCCGCGGCCCGUACGGCCCAAACUCCUACCAUGUUGCCGAUAUGGCACCUCGGGACUCCCAUUUCUACUUUCACGAUCUCAAGGCACUAUUCGGAUACAUUGCACGGACCAGGAGAUUGAAACAAGUUUUCGGAGAUGUCGCCCAUCCGAACCAGGAUGAAGAAGGAGAAACGAACGCUAGUUCACUGGCUUAUUCGAACGAGGUUGUACCAUUCAUCUCAUUUCCUUAAGUUAGCUUUCACGUUUUCGCGCCUGUGGUUUAGAUUGAUACAUCCUCCAAGAAUAGCAUACAAGAGCAGCUACGUUACAUACGACUCCACCCAUCUCAUUCCACCCCGUUCGCUCUGAACCCCCAACUUGAACCACAACCCAUGUCCCCGUCAUCUCACAUGGCAUCCUCAUCCUAGGUAUCCCCCUGGUCCAGCUUUCCGGCGUUCCUCAUGCGCUUGGCAGCACCUCGAUGCUCGUCCCCAUCCUCCGCACACUCGCAGAGAGCUUCGCAGCCGAUUCCACCGAUGAAUCUGGCGCGGACGCAGUCGUCAAUGCUAACGAAAAAGGCGGCGAAGCAUUAUGGGCGGGCAGCCAAGUGGGUCCUGUCACCGUAUUCCAAACAAACUCCCGCAUCGUUUUCGCAGGUGGCGUUCAGCUGUUCAGCGACAAAUAUGCGAGGAAGGAACUUCUUUCUGGGAUGCCGUCUGGAAACUCACAGUUUAGGGAUGUUGCGGCCGUUGAGCAUCACCGUGUUAACGAAACUCAGACGCCUUACAGCAGUAUCGAUGACUUGCAGUUGGAAUUUUCGAUGGUCGACCCUCACAUCCGCACUUCUCUGCUGCAUGUCCCUGGAUCCCCUGGUACAUACCAGGUCCAGUUCCGUGCUCCUGACAGACACGGUUGUGUUCUAAUUCGUCUUGACCUGGAAGAGGAAGGAGUGAGCCUUUAUUUCUUCUCGACAUCCCAAACUAACCGUUUUUACUCAUACUUCUCGUCGAGCAUGACUGUCCCCGUCAUGCCACCGAGACAUGACAAAUACCCUCGCUUCUUGAGCGUUGCAUGGCCAUACUACACAGGAGCCAUCAGCACGAGUGUCGGAUUUUUCCUUUUUGAAGAAGGGAUCCAAAGCACAGUGAAUACUUACCGGCGCCCGGUUAUGGAGCAAGCGAAAUAUACUGAACCCAUCGCUGAUA